GCCACGCCCCCUUGCGCGCUCGGGACUCACUUCCGGGCACUGGCACGGCGUGACGUCAGGAGGAGGGCAGGGAGUCCCAAGAGACUUCUGGCUUGAGGCAGGGAGUCGACAGCGCGCAAUCUGCGAUCCGUGUCUCAUCACCUCUUCAGCCGAUCAGUCGAGGGCGAGGACCAGUAGGCAGCUCGCAAGAUGGGUGAAAGGAAAGGUGUAAACAAGUAUUACCCUCCGGAUUUCAAUCCCGAAAAGCAUGGCUCUCUCAACCGAUACCACAACAGCCACCCGCUACGGGAGCGGGCUCGGAAGCUGUCCCAAGGCAUCCUCAUUAUCAGGUUUGAGAUGCCCUAUAACAUCUGGUGCGACGGCUGCAAGAACCACAUCGGCAUGGGUGAGCCCCGCCCACCCUCCGUUCCUCGCCCCGCCCCCGACCACUCAGCCCCGCAGAUGGCCAGCCCCUUGGCCGCUGGGCCCAGGAGAGGCCGUCUCCACCAGGGGCCCCCGAUCAGGCUUCGGAGAGGAAACGGGCACCCGAGUGACUGGUGUUCGUUACAAUGCAGAAAAGAAGAAGGUUGGCAAUUAUUACACAACGCCCAUCUACAGGUUCCGGAUGAAAUGCCACCUGUGUGUCAACUACAUCGAGAUGCAGACGGACCCCGCCAACUGCGACUACGUGAUUGUGAGUGGCGCCCAGCGCAAGGAGGAGCGCUGGGACAUGGAGGACAACGAGCAGGUGCUGACGACAGAGCAUGAGAAGAAGCAGAAGCUGGAGACGGACGCCAUGUUUCGCCUGGAGCACGGCGAGGCCGACCGGAGCACGCUCAAGAAGGCCCUCCCCACCUUGAGCCACAUCCAGGAGGCCCAGAGCGCCUGGAAGGAUGACUUCGCUCUCAACAGCAUGCUGCGGAAAAGGUUCCGGGAGAAGAAAAAAGCCAUGCAGGAGGAGGAGGAGAGGGACCAGGCGUUGCAGGCUAAGGCGAGCCUGGCCAUCCCGCUGGUGCCCGAGACGGAGGACGACCGCAAGCUGGCCGCCCUGCUCAAGUUCCACACCCUGGACUCCUACGAGGACAAGCAGAAACUCAAGCGGACGGAGAUCAUCAGCCGCUCCUGGUUCUCCUCCACCCCGGGACCCCGCACCGGCAGCAGCAAAGCCGGCAGCGUCCUGAAGAAGCUGGCCCAGAACCGCAGAUGCGCACCCGUCGGCUCCCCCAUCACCGUAGAGGACCUGGGCAUCGUGCGGCGGCGGUCCCGAGAGGCCUUGGAGAACCUCCGGCUCGCCGCGGAGACCCCCAAGCCUGGGGAGCCAUGGGUGCCAGAGGGGAACACCCAGGACAGGCCCGCAUCCCCCCCAGACUGCUCUCCGGAGACAGCCGAGACCCCCAGGAGCAGGGGACCUCCAGGGCAGGCGGGGAAACGUCAGGACAGACCCCGGUCCCCACCAGGCCCCUCUCAGGAGGCAGCCGCCUCCCAGGACGACACACCACCCCCGGGCACCCUCAGCUCCUCCCUGGUGGCCGAUUACUCCGACUCAGAGAGUGAGUGAGCAGUUCUGGGCACUGGGCCUGCUCCAGAGGCUGCGACCCAGCCAGGAGGCCCCUCCCGGACUGCAGCCUUGCUUGCCCCCCAGCCCCCCGAGCGCCCAGACGCUGCCCCUCCCGAGACCUCGCCUUCCUGCAGCAGUGGAGUUAUUUAUUUGGUCCUGGAGAGGGCGUUUGUGCCUUGUGGGACAACAUCCCAACAUUAAAGCCCUGCUUCUUUGU